GAGAAAUAAACGCACAUGUUUAUGUUGUUAUUGUGGAUGAAUGUUUCAUCAUUUUCUAAUGUUUCUGUGUGUACUUAUGGGUCUUUUCUGCUUUCUUCUGUGAUAUUCAGAUUUGUUCUCUCUUCUCGUUGAACAAUCAUGCGAAAUGCGGGAUGUAUCUUCGCUUUAAGAAGUUUAUUACAAAGUUCGAGAGUGCGUUGUUCUACCCAAAACAAGCUAUGUACAAAUCAUGAUUUUAAACGUACAUCCGUGAAACGUUUAUCAUCCAGUUUACAGUCAUCUCUUCAAAAUGCUACCGAAACUGAUAUCAAGCAACAAGCUGAUGUACUUCCAGAGCCCAAAAGAAUUCUUUGGAAACUCGUCAACGACGCUUUUGCAGCUACUCAAAAGUCGGAAAUAAAACCAACAGUAACUGUUCAACAGAUUGCACAUGGGAACGAACGACUAUGGAAAGUUAAACUAAAUAUGAAUUGGCCAGAAAGAUUUGAAGUUGAGGGUAAAGCAGCAAGGAAAUUAGAAGCUGAGAAUUUAGCUUAUCAGCAUGCCAUCCAGAAGAUGAAGGAACUUGGUGUUUUAGACUCGAAUAACAAGCCAGUGCUGCAAAAAGACAUUGUGACAUUUGGAGAUUCUAAUUUAAGAGUUGCUAAAGGGAUUUUAUGUAACAUCUUCCAAAGAAUUUGGAUGAAACACGGAAAAAAGGAGUAUAUACCAGAAUACAACACUCAAAUGAUCUCUGGUAUCUUUGGCAAAGAAAACUAUUGGAAAUCAGAACUGCUUCUCAAGUAUCCCGAAGAGAAACGCUUCGAAGGAUCGUCCUCCAGAUUACGAGAUGCUGAGGCCAUAGCUGCUGUUAAAGCUCUGCAUUGGCUGUGGGAAAAGGGGGUCAUCAACAAGAAAAAGCAGUUAGUCGAAGUGUCCAAGUCGGAGGAGGCUAAACUUGCUGCUUCUCAUUUUGCUCCACAUUCUCUUUGCAUACCUCCCGAUUUGCAGGACAAGAUGGAAGCAACUUUGACUCAAAUUGAGGCAGAAAAAGAUGCUUUAAACUUCCCAGAAUUAAUUAAAACUGAAAUGGAUAUAAAAGAAAGUCCGAUCGUAAUUCAUGAUAUCAUCACUGAAAAAGUUUAUUGUGAGCCAUCAGAGGAAGAAAUUAUUCAAAGAAGCAGUGAAAUGUACGAAAAACAGGUUUUACUUCAAGACUGUAAAGAACCAGAAUUUCAAGAACUGAAAACAUUUAGAGCUGAGCUACCUAUCAACCAGAAAAGAACUGAAAUACUAAAACUGCUAGAAGACAAUCAAGUAGUUGUUUUAUCUGGAGAGACUGGCUGUGGGAAGACAACCCAGGUACCUCAGUUUAUCUUGGAGGAUUACAUCAGCAAGAAGAAAGGGGCACUGUGCAAUAUCGUCGUGACUCAGCCUCGACGAAUAUCCGCAAUUUCUAUUGCUGAAUGUGUUUCUUCAGAAAGAAAUGAAAAGGUUGGGGAUACAAUCGGAUAUCAGGUCAGGCUGAAUAAGAACCUUCCCGAAAAGAAAGGAGCCGUUCUAUACUGCACCACCGGCAUGUUAUUACGAAAAAUGUGCUCCAACCCGAAAUUACAAGGCGUGAGCCACAUAAUCGUCGACGAAAUUCACGAGAGAAACAUACCAAUCGAUUUCUUAUUGAUACUCUUGAAAAAAAUUUUAGAGGAGAACAAAAGCAUCAAACUUUUAAUGAUGAGUGCCUCUUUCAAUACUUUUACAUUUUCACAAUACUUCAACCAUUGCCCAGUCAUCCAUGUCCCUGGGAAAAUGUUUCCGGUGAAAGAAUAUUUUCUGGAAGAUUUACAUUACGUAAUUCCCGGUGUUAAAUACCACAGACCGAGUGAAUCGGCUCUCGAUGCUGAUCUCGUCGCCAAAGUUGUAAACCACAUCCAUAGCACUCAAAGGCCCGGUGCAAUCUUGUGCUUCUUGCCUGGUUGGCACGAAAUUCAAGCCGUGCAGUCAAAGUUGCUUUCUGUUGUUGAAGACGAAUCCAAGUUGAUGAUCUGUCCAGCACAUUCCAGGCUUCCUCAUCGUGAGCAGCAAAAGAUUUUUACAACACCACCUCCUGGUACGAGGAAAGUUAUUUUAGCCACGAACAUUGCAGAGACUUCGAUUACGAUAAACGACGUAGUUUAUGUCGUCAACUGCGGACUGCAUAAGGGGACGUCUUUUGACUGCGAGAGGGGGAUUGCUUCAUUGGGAACUCAGUGGAUCACGAAAGCCAAUGUCAGACAGCGUAGGGGUAGAGCCGGGAGAUUGCAGCCUGGAUUGUGUUACCAUUUGUUUGAUAGGAAGACGUUCAUGACGAUGGAGGAAUAUCCCACUCCAGAACUGCUGAGGACGCCUCUUGAAAGUGUCAUUCUUGAUUGCAAGCUAUACUGUCCAGAUACUAAAGCAGAAGAUUUCCUUUCUAUGGCUUUACAACCACCUUCUAAAUCAGCCCUCCAAGCUGGAAUCAGCGAACUUCAACUUUCAUCCAUAUUAGAUGACGAAGAAAAUCUAGCCCCACUAGGAAAAAUUAUAGUAAAUUUCGGCACUCAUCCACGAUUGUCUGUUGCACUUAUUUAUGCCGCCUUCCUCAGAUGUUUGGAUCCUGUCUUGACAAUUUGUGCCAUGCUUACAUUAGGGAAAGAACCUUUUCUGAAUAACGUCGAAGAUAAAUCUAUAAUUAAAGAAGUAAAAACACAAAAUGAUAAUUAUCUGUUCAGUGAUCACUUAGCACUUGCCAGAAUUUUCGCAGAUUGGGAAAAAAUAAACGAUGAGUCAGACGUUGCAGAGUACAUGAAGAACAACUUGCUGGAUGAAAUAAGUCUAAAUUUUGUUAAAGAGCUCAAGAGUUUGUUUGCUGAGAACCUUUUCACUGUGGGAGCCAUUAACAGUCUCGAUGCGUUUUCUGACCCAUCAGAUGAAUGCAACAGGAACAGCUCACACAUUCCCAGCAUUUUGGCUGCACUUACUGCGGCGUUUUAUCCUAAUAUUAUGAAAAUAAUUGAAGGAGAUAUUUCACAUGGGCGGUUGAACAAAGAUAGCAUUUCUUAUUCCCUUCUAAACGGACAAAGAGGGCACAUUCAAAGGGAAUCUGUGGCAUCUAAGGAAUGUGAGCUGCCCAGUCCUUGGUUCAUAUAUUUUCACGCUUUGAAAUCUGAUGCUCGUAGGAUGAUAAUGACUCCUGCUGUUUCAUCUGUGCCUGGGAUAUGCCUGGCUCUCUUUGCGGGCAAAGAGUUAAUACAGCCAUCGAACACUGAUGAUACAUCAGACGAUUUAGUCACUUUUUCUAUAGACCAUUUCAAGAAAUUGACUUUUUCAUGUUCAAAACGAGAAGCCAACAUUUUAAUAAACUUUCAGAAACAACUUCAUGAAAUAUUCGAGAUAUAUUUACAGAGUCUGAAAAAUAAUAACGUUGCUGAAUAUGAGCAAAUGUUAUCCAGUUUUAGAACAACAUUUCAUCCAGUGUUAAAAGAGAUUUUAGAAACGCCUCAAGUUCCUUUCACCAAGGGUGAAAGCUACAAAUUCAUAAACAACACUCUAGUAUCAGAGAAAAGCUGUUUUCCGAUCCCUCGGAGAAAUGGGGGGUGCUGUCAGUGCUGGAGAAGACAAUGACGAACUGAUUGACAAUUUAGUCGAAGCCGAGUACAUAAAAUCUCCCAUCGUUGAAAGAAUUUUCAGAGCUGUAGACAGAGGAGAUUAUUAUUUGGAAGGAUGCAAAGAGAACGCUUACAGGGAUCUGGCA